AUGCCAUGGCUCGAGGUAGAUGGCGAAUGCUCCUGGACGCUUGUUUCCUCCUUGAUCGACAUAACGAGCAGUGUUAUUGUAGACACGAAGCAUUGGUAUGAGUCCGUUCGAUGUUCCGUUAGUUCCAGCGAUGACAGAACCGGUGGCACGAAUCUUGUGGACAUUGAGCCCGAUUCCUCCAGCGCUCUUCGAGAUGAGAGCACACUGCUUCAAAGUGUCGUAGAUUCCAAGAAUCGAAUCCUCGCUCAUCGUCAGCAAGAAGCAAGACGACAUUUGUGGACGGCAUGUUCCAGAGUUGAAGAGAGUUGGAGAAGCAUGAGUCAUGUAGCGCUCCGACAUCAGAUUGUACGUCUCGAUGGCAGCAGCAAUGUCCUCUCCGUGGAUUCCGAUAGAAACACGCAUCAACAUCUGUUGUGGCCGCUCAACGAUUUCCUUGUUGAUUUUGAGAAGUCUUACUGGAUCUACGAAUUCCAUGUUCAAGCCGUAGCUGAGUUUUUGAAUUCUGGAGGUGAUCUUGUCAAAGUGAACAUCUUCCAUGCGCCCGUCACGCUUGACGACAUAGGUGCUGUUAUGACGUUGCAUCUCUGA